AUGCAUCCCUUCACGUUUGCGCGGAGCUUCAACUUCUCGACUUUGCGGUCAGCCUCCAUCACUGUACGACUCUCACGCACCAUGGCGACAAUGAAUCGAGACCCGAACACCCUGAGCAACUAUAACAAUUGGCGGUCCACCCAUGUCACUGCAAAUUUCGAGAUUCUGUUCGAUCAGAAGAAGCUGGUGGGAAAUGUAGUUCACCGGUUCAAGGCGAUCAACGGUGGCUCGCGGGAGAUCAUUUUGGACACCAGCCAUCUCGAUAUCAGCACCGUCAAGGUGGAUGGCCAGCCUUCCCAGUGGGAGCUGCUUGCCCCUCGUGACCCGUUGGGGGUGCCACUGAAGAUUAUUCUCGAUCAAGGUGUCAAACUGAAUGAUACAGUCGAGGUCGACAUUGCCGUCAAGACCACGGACAAAUGCACGGCGCUGCAGUGGCUGACACCCGCGCAAACCUCAAACAAGAAACACCCUUACAUGUUCUCGCAAUGCCAGGCAAUUCACGCCCGGUCGAUCUUCCCGUGCCAGGAUACCCCGGAUGUCAAGGCCACAUUCGACUUCAACAUCACCUCCCCCCUCCCGGUUAUGACCAGCGGUUUGCCGAUCCGGGCUGCCACGGAGGGAGAACGUCAGCUGUACCGAUUCCACCAGUCGGUGCCAAUUCCCAGCUACCUCUUUGCCAUUGCCAGUGGCGAUGUUGCCGAAGCUCCAAUUGGGCCUCGAAGUGUCGUCGCAACCAGCCCUGACAAGCUGAAAGAGUGUCAAUGGGAGCUUGAGGCCGACACCGAAAACUUCAUCACGACCAUCGAGAAAAUUGUCUACCCAUAUGCAUGGGGGGAGUAUAACGUCCUGAUCCUGCCUCCCAGUUUCCCGUAUGGCGGCAUGGAGAACCCUAUCUUCACCUUUGCAACCCCUAGUAUUAUUUCCAAGGAUCGCGAGAACAUCGACGUUAUUGCACACGAGCUGGCUCACAGCUGGAGUGGCAACUUAGUCACCAACGCCUCGUGGGAGCAUUUCUGGCUGAACGAAGGUUGGACGGUUUACCUCGAAAGAAGAAUUCUGGCUGCCAUUCACGGUGAAGCCUACCGCCACUUCUCGGCCAUCAUUGGAUGGAAGUCCUUGACUGAUGCCGUUGAGCACUUUGGCAGCGAUCACGAGUUCACCAAGCUCGUUGUUGACCUCCAGGGUAAAGACCCCGACGAUGCUUUCUCCAGUGUUCCCUACGAAAAGGGCUUCAAUUUCCUCUUCUACCUCGAAAACCUUGUUGGAAAACCCAAGUUUGACAAAUUCAUUCCUCACUACUUCACGACAUUCAAAUGCAAGUCACUUGACUCUUAUGAGUUCAAGGCAUUGAUUCUGGACUUCUUCAAGCCAGAUGCACAGGCCUAUCAACUCUUGAGCGGACUGGAUUGGGAUAAGUGGUUCUAUGCCCCUGGAUUGCCACCCAAGCCCAGCUUUGAUACCUCGCUCGUUGACGUAGUCUACGAACUCUCCAAAAAGUGGCAAUCCCUGCCGGGUUCUUCUUUCCAGCCAAAUAUCGGCGACAUCAAAGACCUCACCGCCAACCAAUUGGUCGUCUUCCUGGAACAAAUACUCCUACUGGAGAAGCCGCUCAGUCCGGAAGUCUCUAAGCUGAUGGGCGAUGUCUACGAAUUGACCAAUAGCGAGAAUAUCGAGGUAUCGAAUCUUUAUCUCCAGGUCGGUAUGAAGGCCGGAGACGAGAGCGUCAUUGAGCCCACAAUCGAGUUGCUAGGCCGCAUUGGCCGCAUGAAGUUCGUGCGACCUCUGUUCCGCAACCUUCAGAAGGUUAACCGCCCAGUUGCCCUCGAGACAUUUGAGAAAUACAAGGAUUUCUACCACCCCAUUUGCCGUGGUAUGGUGGAAAAGGACCUCUUCGGGAAGAAGGAUUAG